GGAGAAGUCUUCAGUCCAAACCUCAAUUGCCAUCUCCAUCAUGCCCGCCAGCGCCAUCACCAUCAUCUUCUCACCCUACCACGUCGGCAUCCGCGACCACCGAGUCGGCAACGGACCCCACCGCAUCCGCCAACACGGCAUCAUCCAGGCCCUUGAAGAUCUAAACCUGAAAGUCAAUUUCAUUGAACUCGACCGCGUCGACGAGUUUGAAGGCGAGAUCGGCCGUAGCUUCGAGCUCCUCCGACGCACGUCUACGGCCGUCACUCAAGCCGUUGAAAACAACACCUUCCCCAUUAUCCUCUCAGGCAACUGCAUGGCAAGCGCAGCGGUAGCCUGCGGAUUGAACACCAACAAUCUAAAAUUCAUCUACUUCGAUGCUCACGACGAUCUCGAUUCACCUGAUGUCAACGAGAACGGCUAUCUCGACGCGAUGGGGCUUUCCAUGCUCCGUGGCGAGAGCUGGAAGACUCUUAUGAGGACGGUUCCUGGAUUUAAACCUUUCACGUAUGAUGGCAACUUUCUGUACUGUGGACUACGGGAUCAGAGUGAUGUUCAGCGCCAGCGGGUGAUUGAUGCAGGGAUGAGUGCUAUAUGGGGCGAUAGCGACCGUAAGGUCGACUUUGUGGGUGAGUUGCGCAGGGAGUUGGAGUUCAAGUCGUAUGAUCCGGCUUUGGUGCAUUUAGAUUUGGAUGUGUUGGAUGAGACUUAUGGGAAGGUUAAUGAUUACCCUUCCCCGGGGGGGUUGUUUGAGUGGGACUUGUUGGGUUGUAUGGAUUUGGUGCCUACGAGGAGCACACCCAGGUCUCUUACUGUCUGUUCUUUUGAUCCUGACGUGGGAGAUGGGGAUAGAAUUGCAAGGAUUGCUGUUCGCGCGGUGACUGCGUUUGUUCGGUCUUUGUUGGAUACAGGGGUGAUAGUGAGACAGGAUUUAUAAGGGUAUGGGUAGAGUUAUGAUUUGGAGGGAAAGAAGAUUAUAAC